AUGACACCGAGGCAAAUUAUGAACAACUCCGACGGCGAGCUGUGGGCCGGCUGUCCUGCAGAACUCCUUUAUAUAAUCUCCCUGCUAAACAAAGCCCUCAAAUCCGAUGCAUCACCCCUCGACAUUGAAAAGAAUAUUGUACCGGCUCUGAAAAGCUUCUCGCCAAUUAAAUGGGCCGUCUCCAGCGAGAACCCAUGCCUCAUGAAAUCAAGAUACCAUCUUGCAAGCGUCUACAAAGAAGCAGUUUCAAUCUACUUGUCUCAAAUCAUGCAUGGAACUAUCGAGGACAGUCUGAGCGAGACUCUCAUCGGAGGACCGGUCACCUCGGCGCUCCUACAUAUUCAAUCUAUCGACCAGGACGACGAACAUUUCAAGUGCUUGAUCUGGCCUGCCUUCGUAAUUGGCGCGGAAGCACGAAAUGAAUCUCAAAGGGCUACCAUCGUCUAG